AGCGCAGGCGCGCUGAGUGCGGCGCUGAUUGGGCGGGAGCGACGGUUGGAAGAAGGCUGAGCGGCACAGCAGCAGCCAAAAUGACCACCAGCCAGAAGCACCGGGAUUUUGUGGCAGAACCUAUGGGUGAGAAGGCUGUCAACUCUCUGGCUGGCAUUGGAGAUGUGCUUGGCAAGAAGCUGGAAGACAAAGGCUUUGACAAGGCUUAUGUGGUGCUUGGGCAGUUCCUGGUGCUGAAAAAGGAUGAAGACCUCUUCCGUGAGUGGCUGAAAGAUACGUGUGGUGCCAAUGCCAAGCAAUCCAGAGACUGUUACGGCUGCCUGAGGGAAUGGUGUGAUGCCUUCUUGUGAAUGCUGUGGAUCCAAACCUCAGUGGAUGCCGUUGGGCCUUUUGUAGUUAGCUAGAGAUUGAAUCUUCUCUCCUCCCCAGUGUUUACUUCCUUGUAAAACUUCCAGCUCCCUCGGACGAUCUCUCUUAACGCCACAAAAUAUUUUUGUUACCACAAUCUUUUAAUCAAGCAUCUUUUCCUCCAGGGAGGGAGUUGAGGAAAGAGGGAGGGGGGAAUGUUCUAUUUUAAGGCUUUGUAGAAUUGGAUAUCUUUUGUGUGGCUUCAGUAAAUUCCCUUUGCUGUCAGGCCAGCUAAUUCUGAAGCCUUAUCUGCCUGUUGAUUAAAUGGAGACACUUUUUCAACUCCCUCAAUUUGAGCUAUAAUUGGUCUGAGGAUUAACCAUUCUGUAAAAUAAGAUGUGUAUUUAAAUGAAAGACAACAUUAUUUGCAAACACUGAUCCUCCAACCUAACUUUUAUGCCACUUGUUUAAAUGUUAGGAACAAAAAUCAUUGUAAAGUUUUUAAACAAUAAAAAUCAGCUGUGUUAAAGUUCA